AUGAGCCAAAAGCGAUGCGCCGAUGAGAUCGUCCGUCCACAUUAUUCUCUCAGUUACCCUCAAAAAAUCACUCAGCUCGCCACGCCAGAUGAAUCAUUGCCCGAGUCCCAUCCCCCGCCCCCUCCACGCCCAUCUACGUUGAUUGAUUUCGCUGUAUUCAUUUUGGCCAAGCUGGAAAGAAUCCAUGCAAUAAACUUUGCAUUUUCCCCUCCACAGCUCAAUCACUACAAACACAACAUGGUGCCAUUUCCAAUCUUUCUAUACUCCUCGUCGUUCGUUGCUCUCAUCAUCGUCAUUCAACGACGCUGUUGUUCCCAUCCGCCACCACCAACACAGGCAUACCGGGACAGCAGUGAUGAUGAUGAUGAUGAUGAUGAUGAUGAUGAUGAUGAUGCAGCUGGCGCAUUAUUUGUCCCGCACAUGAGGCUGAAGAAGGCUAAUUGUCUGGAAAUGAAGCCAGAUUGUGAAUAA